UGUUGACUUUGGUCUUAUUCGUGUGAUAUUUAAGAAUAUUUCCAAAUUUGCUCAUUGCGACGUCGAUUUUCUGGGUCUGGACUAUUCUAUGAGAUUUUUGGAUGCUCGAAAGUUAAGGCUUUCGGGCGGAAAUAGUCCCAAACCGACCAAAAUCUCACAAGAUUGAGAAUUGAAACCUGAAUGGAUUGGGCGGCGGAAACCAAUUUUCACAACCGGCAUGGCACUCCAUUCUCGAUUUUGAUCGUUCGUCAUACAAUUGUGAAUCGCGUCGGACGGAUCCUCCCCGAGAAUCACGUGGGCCCCGCGUGAUUGGCAGGUGCGAGCGGCCGUGUCGGAGGUCGCGGGGUCUCUGGGUCUGUGGGUGGCCCUUGCGUGUUGCCGCGGCGGCCGCGAGGGAUCCCGCCCUCCGCGGCAUGCGCCGCUGGAGGCUCGCAGGGGCGCAUGACUCGGCGGCCGACGACGGUGGUGUCGCGGGCGCUGCGCUCACUCGCGCUUCGGCUGCUGCGAUCGAUCGAGUCAGUUGGACUGCGAGGCCCGCCGACGAAGCCUCAGACAGAGACGCGCGGCACCGCUCCUCGACACGUGUGCAGUUAUUAUGACCUUUGGCCCCUGACGCAGCCAUGGACGCGCUCACGCUCACCAGCUGCGCCCUCGCCUUCGCCCUCUACUACAACACGCUCGACGCCGGCUUCGUCUACGAUGACAGUCGUGCCAUCCUGACAAAUCAGGACGUGCUGCCGUCGACGCCGCUGCUGCGAGUGUGGCAGGACGACUUCUGGGGCACGCCACUGGGCCACAGCGGAUCGCACAAGUCGUACCGGCCGCUGACGGUGCUCACCUUCCGGUUCAACUACCUGCUGCACGGCUUCCGGCCGCAGGGCUACCACCUGUUCAACGUGCUGCUGCACUGCCUGGCGACGGCGCUGGUCGUCCGCGUCGGCCGCCUCCUGUUCGGCCCGCGCCGCCCGGUGGCCGUGGCCGUGGCGGCGGCCACCUUCGCCGCCCACCCGGUGCACACGGAGGCCGUGGCCGGCGUGGUCGGCCGCGCAGACAUGGCCGCCUGCGUCUUCUUCCUCCUCUCCCUGCUCAGCUACGCGGCCCACGUGCGCCUGCGCGAGCGCCUCGAGACUUCGAACCACCCCCUGCUGGCCGCCCGAAAGUGGACCCUUUUGGUGGCCGCCCUGCUUCUGGCCGCCUGCGCUGGCCUGGCCAAGGAGCACGGCCUCACUGUCCUUGUUGUGUGCGCCCUGUACGAUCUGACGAGGCACCUCAGCCGCUACCCUGACUUCAACCUGGCCCACCUUUUCACUAAGAGAGCGAAUCGCGGUCUGUCGGAAAGUCUGCUCGUCCUGGCAGCAAGUCUCGGACUCCUCCUGCAGGCCAGGUUGUACCUGAUGGGCGGCCAGGUGCCCGAGUUCGCGUCGUGCGACAACCCUGCCGCCAGGUCCAAGUCCCUCACCACCAGGUUUCUCACCUUCGCCUACCUGCCUGCGUUCAACUUGCUCCUCAUGGUGUUCCCCAAGUGGCUCAGUUUUGACUGGUCAAUGGAGGCCAUCCCUAGGGUCAAGUCAGUGUCAGACCCACGCAACCUGCUGUCCGUGCUGUUGUACUACGCCCUCUUCCGAGCCGGCUGCCGCCUCCUGACGCUCCUCCGCCGCCCCCAGCGUCCCUGCCGCCCCCCAAAACUGCCCAAACGCUGCACCGUGUGCCACUUCUCGUCGGCCUCGGGCGGCCACAACAACAACCACCCCUCACCUAAGUUGGCCGCAAAAAUCCUGACGCCCCCGCGCGCCCCCAAGGGGGCGGAGGCCGCCCUGGUGGGACUCGGCGUCCUCUGCGUGCCCUUCGUGCCCGCCUCAAACCUUUUUUUCUACGUCGGCUUCGUGGUGGCCGAACGCGUUUUGUACAUUCCCUCGGUGGGCUACUGCCUCCUUUUGGGGCAGGGCGCCGGCGAGCUGUGGAGGCGGGCCGCCCCCACGCAGCGGAGGGCGCUGUUCGUGGCCGCCCUGGUGCUGCUGGCCGCCUUCUCCGUCAGAACGGUGCAACGAAACAAAGACUGGAGCUGCGAGGAGAAUUUGUACCGCUCGGGCAUCCCCAUCAACCCUCCUAAAUCGUACGGAAAUCUGGGAAACGUGCUGAGCUCCCAAGGAAGGCUGGUUGAGGCUGAGUGGGCCUACCGGAAGGCGCUCAGCCACAGGAGCAACAUGGCCGACGUGCACUACAACCUGGGCAUUUUGCUGCAGGGAAGAGGCCUCAACGAGCAGGCCAUCGAGAGCUACCAGAGGGCCAUUCACUUCAGACCUAGAUUGGCAGUGGCACACCUGAACUUGGGUCAUGCCUUGGAGCAGGUGGGUCGCAGCGAGGAAGCCGUCGAUGUGUACAGGGCGUGCGCCAGUCUAGACGGCACGGGUCUCAAGGAUCCAAAAACACACGAAGCGACCAAGAUCUCGGCCCUUUUCCACCUGGGCCGCCUGCACGCCGACCAGGGUCGUUUCAACCAGGCGGCCACCAUCUACAGGGAGGCCAUUGACAAGAUGCCCGACUACUAUCAAGCGCAGUCUUUGUACAACAUGCUGGGUGAGGCCCACUACCGACUGAACGAGUUCGCCGAGGCCGAGAGGUGGUACAAAGCAGCCCUGCAGGCCAAACCGGACCACGUCCCGGCGCACCUCACCUACGGCAAGAUGCUGGCGAAAAACAAGACGAGGCUGCUCGAAGCCGAGCAGUGGUUCAUGAGGGCCAAGCAGCUGGCGCCAAACGACUCCAGCGUCUACCAGCACUUCGGCCAGUUUCUGUCCGAGCUCGAGCGGCACGAGGAGGCGGCCCAGAAUUACGUGCGGGCGGCCGAGCUCGCCCCCGACGACUACGAAAUCGUCUUCAACGCCGCCAAUGCCUUACGACAAUCGGGACAGCUCGCCGAAGCCGAACGAUUCUACAGACACGCAGUCACCCUCAGGCCAAAGGACGCGAGCAGCCACAUGAACUUGGGCGCCAUGCUGCACCUGAACGGCAAGUACGCGCAGGCCGAGGCCGCCUACCUCGAGGCCCUGCGACUCAAACCGGACGACGACACCACGCUGACCAACCUGCAGAAGCUGUACGGCCUCCUGUCCAGGCUCAAGCACGCGUAGUGAAAGCAGUGAAAACGAGAACCAAACACACAUCAGUGAAAUUCGUUGUAGGAAAGAAUGCUGUGAGAUUUUUAUAGUCUGAUUAUAAAUUUUUUCCUAUUUUCUGUUCAAAGGGGUGAGACAUUUCCAUUCAAAUGUGAAAAAUACCAAAAAUUGAGAGCUGAAUUACAUGAAUUUAAGUGGAUAUGAACCUAAUUCUUAUAUUAUAUUUUUAACAGAGGUUAAUCAAAUGGAGGGUUUUUUAUUCAAAUCAGUUGGACUAAAAUUGAGCGUGAAUUCCCCCUGUUAAGUUUGUAAUAUAAAAUGGUGACCUGUAAAUGAAAUUUAAAUCAAACUCAGAUAUUUUGCAUGGACAUAGAGGUUUUUGGUAGCAAAUCCUAUAAUUCAUUAAUUCUAUAUUUUUCCAAAAAAUAAUAUACAUUUUAAAAAUUUAAACCUAAGUUAAGACUGCAUUUAAUUAAAGGAAUUAAUAUUUCUAAAGCUAAUUUUGAGGCUCUUCUUUUCAAUUAACUUACUUUGAAAUAAUUUUCUUAUUUUAAGAUGAUUAUUAACAAAUUUUAAUAAUUUUUGAAAUAAUUAUUCAAAUAUAAAAAAAUUGUUUAAUUUUCAAAACUUCACACUUGUGAAGAUUGAUCUCUUAUUUUAGGACCUAUCCAUCGAUCUCUUUGAAAAUAAACUGAAAAACCAUUUCCUUUGAAAAUAAAUCACUGACUAAAAUUUAGCCAAUGAAAGAAAUAAUUUUUUUUUAAUCUGAAAAUUUCCACCAUUUUCACUAUUCUUUUAAAAUGUUCUGAUUACCACCAAUACCAUGAAAGAAAUUCAUAUCCACUUAAAAUUGUAAAAUGCUUGAAUCUGGGUGUUUAUUUUAAAUAUAUGCACAAAAAUUUUUCUGAAAAAAAAAAUCCAUAAUCAAUUAAAACUGAUCUUCUUCUGAGCAUGUGUCUUUUUGCAAUUUGCAAGGCAGAAUGCAAAUGACGCAGAAAAUUGGAAUCACCAUAUAGUCUCAUUUGAUAUUCCUCGUGCGACUGCCACCCCGAUAUAUAUUUAUAUUUCAAACACAGAUUGUUUUCCUGCUGUUUGGGUUGUGAUACGUUUGUGUAUUAUACACAGUAUUUUUGUUUGUUUGUCGAGUCGGCAGAAAUGAGGUUGUUUUGUGACUGUGACGGAGAGAAAAAAAGCAGUGAGAGAGCGACGUCUGUUCCCUGUGUAUCCAAACAGGCCCAUAAAUUAUUCCGCGCAUCAGUUGUAUAACCCGAAGUUUGUGCCACCGCCGGCGUUCGGUUGGUUUUGUUUCAGAUUUCAAUGCGUAGAGAGAAGAGAAAAAGCGGAAAAAAUCGACGCGUUCCGGGAAAGGGAAAAUUAAUUUGAUUUAUUGUGCAAUCCCGGCUUACGAUUUUUAUUCCACUUCUAGGAAAUGAAUUCAAUCGACUGCCGGUUGGUCCGAAAGAAUGUCAUCAUAAUAAACACUAUUUUCCAUAAAAUAGCUUUCCGAGCAAAGCAGCAUGAGUCGGUGUCAAUAUCAGGUGUAGCUUCUGGCAAAUUGAUUGUUGGUGUGAACGACGCCUUACACUACAAAUAUAUUAUAUUAAACACGCAAUUGUAAAACGUGAGCGAUUAACGAAAAGAGGACCACAGAGAAUUAUAAUAACAAUUACAAUAUUAUAUACUACAGGUGUAAGGAAGAACUUAAGAAAUGUCACAAAUUUAUUUUCAAGCUUGUUUCCACCUGUUUUAUAAUUUGAAAAGAAGAAUCACCGCUCAACUUGAUUAGAUUGCUUUGAUUUUGAGGUUAUUGUGUAUCAACUAAAAUAUAUAAAUUGUAUCUGCUUUAUGCCAAAGAUGAUGAAAAUAAUCGACGAUUAUUGUAUAAUAAAAGUUAUUUUAUCUC